AAAAGGAAUGAGUGUGCCCUCCCCUUCCCCUUUCCCCUUCUCACUGGCUAGUAUGCAAACAUGAUGGCAGGAGCUGGAGCGGGCACUUUGAAACCCAGAGACAGAGAGUGAUAUAUUGCGAAUGGCAGAGAUACUCUACCAGCUCAGGACGGCCUGUCUGUGGACUACUGUCUUUCUAGGCUGGGUCCUAAAGUCUCUUCCACAUACCACGGAAGUGGACUCAACAGGCUUGCACAGAAAAGAGAAAAAGUCAUCUUCCCAGCUGAAGGGAACUUUUGGAUGUCUCAAUGGCCAAAUAUAUCCAAGCCAUGUAUCCAGGCCAAUAAGCUUUACUGUUGUGGAAUACAAUUUCUCCCUGAAGUGGACUUGCACAAUGGUCAGCCUGCUGGGUUCUUUGCCCGUGACCUAGCCACCGCGGGAUAUGGGCUCUCGCACCUUCUGGCUCCAGGAUGAGGAACGCUGUCACUCUCCGAGAAGGCGAGCGGCUUGUUGAUGCCGCAGAAACGCCCAUCCCAGCUCUAUUCUUCUCAGCUGGCACCCUCACAAAGCCAGCCUCUGGGCCUGCCCUGGUUUUUUCAUGAUGUCAUCCAUUCAUCAUUGUGAGCUGAUUGGCGGUCCCAGGCCUUGGCCGGCUGCCCAAGGCCAGGAGGGAAGAGAGAGUUACCAGGACAAACUUGCGGUAGGCCCCUGAGCAUGUGCGGAAAUGUUGUCAUCAGUUCCACAGAGAAAGACUCAGUGGAAAUCAAAGAAGACAGUACAAGUCACGAGAUCCUAUCCAAUCUUCCCCUCCCUGAAUGUCGGGGAAGAAGUCAGGGGCCUCUUGCCUGUGGAUGGGGAGCCAAACCCUGGAGUGGGCCUGGGUGUGGAGGAGGGAUUGCUCUGCCAGAUGGUUCAUUCUCCAGAAUUCAACCUAUUUCCUGACUCAGUGGUGUUUGAAAGCAACUUUGUCCAGGUCAAAAAGGGCAGGAACUGGAUAGACGUCUACAAAGCCUCCAACACCAUGGCCGUUGGGGUGACCUCCUCCGUGCCCUGCCUGCCCCUUCCCAAUAUCCUCCUCAUGGCUAGUGUCAAAUGGCACCAGGGACAGAGCCAGACAUGGAACAGACCAUCUAAAGCCCCAAACAUCAUCCUGAAGAGGAUACUCCCCCUGAAGUUUGUGGAGCUCCAGGUCUGUGACCGGCUUCAACGCAUCCUGCGGUUGAGGACAGUCACUGAGAAGAUCUACUACCUAAGGCUCCACCCUGACCAUCCAGAGACUGUCUUCCGCUUCUGGAUCCGACUGGUUCAGAUUCUGCAGAAGGGCCUGUCCAUCACCACCAAAGACCCUAGGAUUCUUGUCACUCACUGUCUGGUACCCAAGAACAGCUGCAGCCCCUCGGGAGACUCGAACUUAGUACAGAAGAAACCCCAAGCCUGCAAGCCCAGCGAGAGCCUCAUGCAGCUGAUGGCUAAGGGGGAAAGUGAAGCACUCUCUCAGAUUUUUGCCGACUUGCACCAGCCCCGCCAGUUAAGUUCCAGGAGCAGCAAAAAGACACAGACCAAAAGGGACAGCCCAGAGAAAGAUACUCCCAGUGAAGACAGCAUCCCUUGUACCCGAGACCUCAGCUGGCGGGACUCGUUCACUUAUGGAGAGUGGGAAAGAGAGAACCCCUCGGGUCCGCAGCCCCUUUCACUCCUCAGCACCCUGGCAGCCUCCACGGGGCCACAGCUGUCCCCACUCAUAGGAAAUUGUAUUUGAACCACCCUUUCAUUCUGGGGAGAAUCUAUGCAGCCCUCACCAAUGCCACUCUGCCGCCUUCAGCUUUCUGAGGGACUCUAUCUGGAUGUGGAGGAGGAGAAAGCUGCAACUAAGGAAACACUAGAAUCAUCUCACGCUGACAGCAUAGCCUUUCCUUGGAGAACCACUUGCGAGCACGGCUCCGGGUGAGAAGCAUUAUUCCUGCAUCGUUCUAGUAUGUCAUUCCACGUACUCGGGGUCCGCACCGCCACCUGUCACCACACCUAGCCUCCAUCCCGCCACCAGAGCGAGCACAAGAAGACAUGCUCUCAGAAGGGCCAGGGCCCAGAGGUGGAGAGAAGGAAGGAAAGGGAAGCAGGACCGGAGGAGACGUGGAAGAGACCAAAGUGGAGGCGAAGAGAGGAGGUGGAGGGAGGAAGUCCGAGAAGAGGGGAGAUCUCGCGGCGAGGCGGUAACAGAAGGAAACAGAGGGACCUGAAAAAGAAGCUGGAGAGGGUACGAGAAGAAACACACCACUGAGAGAUGCCUCACCAAGCUUCUAUUUAUCUAAUUUAAAACUUGAAAGUAAGGCCAUAAACCAAAAGAGAAAUGUC